AUGUUCGAAGCCCCUAUCGAGAUUCACGAGAAUCUACAGGCGCGUAUGCAUAUCGCCAUAUCGUUAGCUGACGAAAACGACUCAGACUCAGAGCUGAGUGUCGAACGCACGGACUCAGACGCACAGAGCAGUGACGCACUCUUCAGUAGGAACCCGGAAGGACCGAUCAAUGGGUCAGAAACCCGGUCGAGCACCACUAUCGAAACCAUGGAGGCCGAAGAGAACUUCGCUUAUGCUAGAGGGGUUUGGGAGGCUUCACCGCCGGAGUACGACGGCGACGUCCAUGGUGAGCGAGUACCCCGAGUACUCGGGCUUCGGAUUGACGACCAAGUCCGACAGGAUUGUGCAAUGUCACCCACGACGUUCGGCAACGAUACGCAACUGGCGACUAUCACGGAACUACAGCGCAAGUACGGUGUCCGAGCGGAAGGUCUGUCGCACCCCCUCGAGCCCACGACACUCAUUGGACGAAAGAGUAGCCGAUUAUCGGAGGACGAGAAGAGGGCGCUCGUCGACGAACGUCUCGCCGUAACGUAUAUAAGGAGUACUAUGGACCUCGACUCGUCAGAAACCAUCCAUUUGCGAAUCUUUAGAGCCCCCGUUCAACCUCCACACUACCACAACUAUUCGACCUCUUUGCUCACCAUGUCCGACAACUACGACGCCGCCCCGCGCCCGAUCGUCUUCGGGGAGGGCUUGCCGCUGACAUUCAACUUCGACUUCCCCCUCAACGACCCAGCCGCCGCUGUGCGGUGCGCUACGCCUGAAGUCCCGCCAGGUCUUGCACCUCGCCACGCAGACAUUCCAGGGCUUCUACUCUCGCUCCAGGAUUUCCCCGGUCAGAAUGAGCAGACGAAUGUCGAUGAUGUCGACGCCACGAUGGAGGAGCAUGCCUACUCAAUCAGAGAGGAAGCUCCGCUCGUCAUCACCAUACCCGAGGCUCCAGGAAGCGCGGUAUCUCUCGCAGACGGUAUCCCUCGCGUGAACGCACUCGUCGCCGCUCCUUUGCACCGGGACUACCUUCCUCAGUCGCCUGUGCUUCCGAACGCGCCCCUCACUAUGCGCAACAUAGCGGAUCAGCUCGAACGCUUGCGCAUCGAGGAGGCUCGACUGCAGCUCCCCGACGGGACUCGUCCACCGACGCCGUACGCGAUCGGCUUCCAUAUCAACGAGUUAGCCCAAACGCCGGCGCUGAACUCGUGGCCCGCGUUUCUCCGAGAGGCCCUCGAGCACAAGCUGCCAUGGUAUCAUAACGGCGGCUAUCUCGUCCCUCGCGGCGAGGAUCCGCAGAGUUCCGACAGAAUCAAGGUUCCUAUCCGCGCCGCAUCGCCGCCUGGCUACCCGCAUAUGAUGCAUGACCUAGCUUACGCCGACCCCACUAUCUUCCGAUCUUUGUCCGCACCGCCAACGCCUGACGGCGCUGCCCGCUCUCGUACUUAUACAAUUGAACUCACGUCUACCCGACCACCCGUACACCCUCGCGACUUCAUCACCGUCUCUCACUCUCCCCUACCAUCGCCUCCGCUUCCGCCGGAGGGAGCUCCAGCUAUGCAUCGUGAAGAUACGCCGCCGAAGGUCUACAUCUCCGGCGGUCUCUGGACUUACAUGCUUGAAGAGCUCGACCGACAGGGCCGCCGUUACAUCCCCCUCGAACGCGAAGCCGAAGCCCGGGUUCCAGGCCCGGUGAACAUCGCUAUGUCGUCUUCUCGCACCGGCGCAGGCGAGCAGCUCCCGCCCGUCAAUCGACCGGCAUCAGCCCCGCUCUUUCUACCGUCACCACCCGGCACCUACGACUCGGACAGCGACUGCCAUGAAUCGAUGGUCAUGUCGGACUCAUCUUCCGACUCCGACGAAUCCGCGGAAGGCACACGCUCCGACAUUCAGCAGGAUUUGAUCUAUCUAAAGCGGGUCGGGGACUUCACGGCUCGCUCGGUUCGCCAGGUUCACGUCACCAAUACCAAGAUGUACCAACUCGUGCGGAGCCGACUCGAGGAACUAGACGAGGCCAUGUCGAGGCUCGUCGAGCAGACGGGGUCGCCAGCGCGCACGCGGAUGCGCACACUGCUCGCGACAUCCUCGAGUCGUGGACGCGGGAUGACCUUUAUGACCGUAAGACUCCGCUAUUGA